AAAAAAAAUACACGCCUUAAUCACAUUUACAUCGUUUUGCAUUUAUAAUGUGAUUUUUAGUGAUCAACUACUUAUAUAAAUAAAUAAAUUAAGCGGAUUUAUAAAAAAUCAAGAUGUAAAACUGAAAUUAUUCUGGGUUAAAAUUCUUAUUAAAACAAAUAAACAAACAAUCAUUGAGACAUUGUGGAUACAAUUACUCACUGAACUAUUAAUUAAAGUCAUGUUUUAAAAAUGAAACAACAAACAUUUCCUACAUUCUUCUGUUUAUUUAAUUUUAUGUUUAAUGCCGGUGUAUUUACUUUUCAAACUGAAUUAAAGAUUUAUCAUUCAGACUUGAUCACUUCAAACACAUUCCAAUCACGUCAGUAUGAGAAUGAUGAGAAUCUGGUUAGUGUUAAUGAAUCUAUCAGUGAUAAAACGAUGUUUUCAAAUCAGAUUAAUAGAACAAUGAAUUCAAGGACUUUUAAUUCUACAUUACUGUACACCAUGAAUAAUAAUAAUGACGAGUUUGAUUUUCAGUCACCUGCCAUAAACAAAAGAAUCAUUGAAGGUGUUCUAAAACUUUUAAUAAAACUUGCUUCCAAUAGCAGUACAUCCUAUUUUCAUUAUUCAAGUAAUCGUUUAAAACGCUCAUUAUCUUCUUCAGACUACUUGUCUUCCACAUCAUCGUCAAUGUUACCACCAACCUCGUUGUCUUCAACUUUUGCUUCAGAUGAUUUAAAUUUUGUCCAUGUUAAAAUUCAAGGAAUUAUAUUCGAUGUGAAAUUUCAACGUCCUGACUACAAGUCGAAUGGUGCAGUACAUUUACGUAAUCUCAUGAAACCAUAUCCUCAUUUAUUACUAGAUCCACAUUAUGCAGAGCAAGUCAUUACAGCUUAUAAUCCUCUAGUUAUGCAGAAUCAAAUAUGUAAAGAAUUUGAACAAAACCAAUCUAGUAAUUAUGUUGCUAAUAGUUUCUUCAUUGUAAAUGAUAUUGGUGCGCUCGUUGACAGACCAAUGCAUGACAGAUUGCACAGAUUGUUCUUUCAAAUCACAUCUGCACUUGGUAUACCGAGUAUCACGUGGUUACCAAAUAGAGUUGGGCAGUUCGAGCUUGAUGAUUCACAAUUAGCUAUUCGAUUAGAACCUUUAACAUGGCAUGUUGCAAGAGCAUUGGUUGAUUUUAUGCAUGCGUAUAAAUGGAAUCUUGUUAUUAUGGUUUACAAUACACAAGUACCUGGAUCAGAUGUAUUAGUUGAGGAAUUUAGAAAACUCCAAGUUGAACGAAGUGCACAAGAUCAUCCAAAUUACUUCGAAUUUGAAAUAAAUUAUCAAUUUCCUUUUGAAGGAUUGACUUCUAUUGAAUUUACAGAAUGUAUAGAUCAAAUGUUAAGGGAGAUUCGACCAUGUUUAAUACCAUUAAUUAAUAUUUUAGAAAGCAUAUGGCGCGCCGAUGCAAGAGUUAUUAUAUUCAAUGGGAAUUUCUUUGAUCUAAAUACACUGCUUUAUAUAGCAGAUAGUUUGAAUGGUACAAAACAUGAACAUUUGAAAGCGUUAUUCGGUGAAGACUAUGUCUGGAUUUAUACACCGUCAACAAUGAGUUCCCUUACGGUAGCUGAUAAUCAAGACAAAGUAUCAUCUGAUAAUAACGUUCUUGCAGAAUCAACAAUGUUUAAAAAAAUUCCCGGGAUGUUUGGUUUAAUUUGUUUAAAUGAUCAUUCCAGUCGUAGAAGAAGUGCUGAAAUAGCACGAGAAGUUUGGCAGAAAUCAAUGAUUGAAUUAAUUUAUCAGUUGACUCAAAUCUAUCCACCAGACAAAUCAAUACAAAUCGAUACGCCGAAUAGAGAUACAUUAAUUUAUUUCAAACAGAUUUUAGAGAAGCUUAGACCUGUUAAAUUAUGUCAAUUUUCCGACCAUUUAAGUUGGCAAUGGGGAAGAAGAAUGUAUGACAUUAUGCAUACAAUUGUUGUAAAUGUAGAUAAUGAACCGAUAAGUUUUUUACCGAAUGGUGGAUUAAAUGUUUCCAAAUUAUUUAUUUAUAAUUCACGAAUUAUUGACGGUCGAAUGAAAUGGUAUAAGGUUGGGACAUGGUCAAUGAGCAGUAAAUGGGGUAGAAGUAAAUCAAGAUUAAGAAUAGAUGGUGUAACAUGGCCUGGCGCGUCGAAUUCUCCACCUAAAGGUCGACCAAGUAAAUUCAAACUACGCGUAGUAACUAUUAAAGAAAUACCGUUUGUUAUUUAUACCAAAGCCCAAGAAGGUGGAACAUGUGAUGCGAAUUCGAUUCCGUGCAAACUCAGACCACAGUCUUUACAAGAUGAAGAUAUUUCUGGAAAGAAUUCAAUCAUCCAUAAAACUUUAAGUUCACUUGGAUUAAAUUCUUAUACUAAAGAUAUCAACAAAAAAAUUAAACCAGAAUCCUUAACUGAAAAUGUUAGCAAUUUGUCAGAAUUAUAUAAUGUAAAUGAGAAUAAUUCAAUUAGUUAUGUAGAUGGUUGUUGUUCCGGACUGACAAUGGACUUACUAAUGGAAUUAAUGAAAGAUUUAAAUUUUGAUGUUGAAAUGUAUGAAGUUAAAGAUGGUUUCUGGGGGGCUUGGACACCAGAUGGAUGGAAUGGUAUUAUACGUGAUCUAAUGGAUAAUAGAGCUGAUAUGGCAGUAACAUCAUUGAAGAUCACACCUAAUCGAUCCCAGCAAAUUGAAUUUAGCGUACCAUUUCUAGAAACAGGUAUAGCAGUUGCAGUGGCUUUAAGAGAAGGUGCUAUAGCUCCAACAGCUUUUUUAAAGCCGUACGAUUAUCAAUGCUGGUGUGUAAUCCUCGUAUUCAGUGUACAUGCAACAGGUGCAGCAUUGUACAUUUAUGAAUGGUUUAGUCCCAAUGGAAUGAAUCGUGGACAUACAACAGAUCAAAAUCACCGAUUUUCAUUUUUCCGUUCACUUUGGCUUAUCUGGUCAAUGUUAUUCGGCGCUGCUGUAAAUGCGGAUAAUCCAAGAGGAAUGGCUAGCCGGUUUAUGGCUAAUAUAUGGGCAUUAUUCGCUCUUGUAUUUUUAGCAUCGUAUACGGCUAACUUAGCGGCUUUUAUGAUUGCUAAAGAGGAUUACUUUGACUUGAGUGGUAUAAAUGAUUGGCGUUUGCAGCAUCCAUGGAAUGUGAAACCCCCAUUUAGAUUUGCCACUAUACCAAGUGGUGCUACAGAAGAGAACAUUAAAAUCAAUUUUCCUGAAAUGCACAAAUACAUGAGAAAAUACAAUAAAUCCGAUGUUGAAGACGGUCUCAAGGCAAUGAAAUCAGGACAACUGGAUGCUUUUUUAUAUGAUGCUAAUGUAUUGGAUUAUUGGGCGAUGAAAGAUGAAGGUUGUAAAUUACGUACAGUUGGAAAUUUAUAUGCAAUGACGGGUUAUGGAAUUGGUUUUGCUAAAAAUAGUCGAUGGUUAACGAAAGUUAAUUCACGCAUUUUGGAUUAUCAAAAAAAUGGAAAAUUGCAACGUUGGAAAAAAUUUUGGCAAACAGGUUCAUGUAAAAAAGAUGCUGCUGUUGGGAAUACAAAUAAGACAUUGGGAGUUAAGAAUUUUAUCAGUGCUUUCAUUCUACUUGUUUGCGGAAUGCUUAUUUGCACUGUAUUCUUGUUAAUUGAAUACACAUUCUAUUGGUAUGCAAAACCAAAAUUACAAAAAAUCAAUCAAGCCAAUUGGUUCGGUAGACUUAGUUUGGUAAAUUUGAACUAGGAAUAUAAUAGUAUUUAAAUGUCACAUGUUAUACGAUUGAAAUAGUUAAAAAUGUCACGCAAUAUUUUCAAUACAUAUAAGUUAUUUAACAAAUUUUAAAGACGUUGAAUCAAAAUUCUUCAGAUUUUAAUUAAACUAUUCACAAGGGAAAGUUAUAUUUUGGCUGAUGAUUAGUAAUGCAGUCCAGGUUGUGGUUACAUUCCAGUCGAGAAUCUCUACAGUUUAUAUUUACGUGGAGCCACAAGUUUAUUAGACUGCGAAUCAUACAUGCUACUUGUCUGAACAAAAUAAUCAGAUUAUGAGCGUAAAACUUGCUAAAUAUAAAUGCGAUAAUCCAAUUUGUGAUAUAAAAUCAAAAAACUAUGCUAAACAAGUUGAAUUAUUACAAAAUCAACUGGAUGAAUUGCAAAAAUCUUUACAAAAACAGAAUUCAUCAAUUAAACAAUGCAAUAACUUACACGGGAAUCAUUUUCAGAAUAAAAUAAUAACAUUAGAUCCAUGUGAGUAUCCCAAGGGGAAAAAAAGACCUGCCAAGAAAUCGGGUCAAUCAUCUCAAUCAAAAGUGCCAAAAAGUGAUGAUAAACAUAGAUUAAAAAUGAAAAACCACUCCAUCCCAAAGCCUACUCUUAAUAACAAUGUUAAUAUUCAUACAAAAUUGAAUACAGGUUAUCUAAAAGCAAUAACAACCACAACAACAACUACUACUAUUACUACUCAAAGAAAGCACAUCGACCGAUUAUCGGAAAAUGCACAUCAUAAAGUAACUAUUAUACCCGUUGUUGAUCAUUAUUCAAAUUAUAAUGAACAUGAAAAUUAUCACACAAUAUCACCAAACAAUACAGAAAUACAAUAUGUGAUCCUACCAAAGUUAGAUUCAUCACCAAAUCGACGAAGACGAUUUAUUAAAUCGGAAUCGGUCGGUCCUUAUCAUAAUAUAUCAGAAUGUCAUACAAAUGUAUAUUUUGAUACAGUUGAUAAUGUAACAACAUUGAAUAAAACACAAUCAGUUUUACGAGUAAUCAACCCAAAUGAUAAACUUAUUGAUUCUGAAGAAAAUAAUCUGGAUAAUUAUUUCAAUCACAAUCCAAUCGUUAAUGCGAGUCAUUUGGAACAGUAUUCAUCUUUAACAAAUAUUUUAAGUAAAGUAGGUAAAAAUUUGAUACCAGUGAGCCUAGAUCAACAAGAACAGGAACAACGUAGUACAAAUUGUCUAGUUGAGAAAGAAUCUGUCUUGUGAAAAUAAAGUUUACUUUAUGAAAAA